UGCCAAUUCCUACUAUGCUACUGCUGCUGAUGUCACAGAUGACGAGUCGUGUUUUGAGGCUUGUGAGAAUGACGAUGUUUGCCAGGCAGCUUUAUGGGGAAGACAAAAUCAUCAAACAACUUGUUACAUGUAUGAUUUCAUAAAAGAGCCGACCAGCACGUAUAACGGUGCCAAGUACUACAUAAAGUUCUGCCCAGAUGUAUAUGACAAUUGUCCAUCAUCGGGUAAGCAAAAAUACAACUAUUGCUACAUUCCCACUGGAAAGAGGACGCAUAUACCUGGCAAAAAGCAUUGCACAGGUUACAUUGCUUCAAUAGUCGAUGUUAUGGAUAGCGCGGACUGGACUUGGCUGAAGCACUACUUAACAACUUUAAACCUAGGAGACUGGUGGAUGGGUACUGACCAAUACCUCCCUGAUGUGAAUGAGUAUCGCUAUUGGUUCUCUCAGGAACGUGUCACCUUCACUGACUGGGCUGUCGGCCAGCCUAGUAGCCCGGAUAAACAAUGUGGUAUAUUCAAGAAAGGCAAUGAUUACAAAUGGGAAGAUGUGGAUUGUGAGACGGGGACGUCUUAUAACACAAUGUGUAAACAACCAAUAGACCGAGAUGAAUGUUUGAGCAACCCUUGCCAGAAUGGAGGCACUUGCAAUAACCUACCUGGAUAUUUCACAUGCAGCUGCCCUCCCGGAUUCGGUGGAAUAUUUUGCGAAACAAAGGAAGGUUUGAAUGUAUACCUAGUAUGCGAUGACGAACACAGGUUUUACGCCGAUGGGGCAGAUUUAGGAAGUGGAUUGGAUUGGACGCGUGUUUAUGUGAAGCUUCUAGAAGGCUA